AUGCCAGGGGCCGUGAGCAAGGAGUGGAACAAGCACGUGGACUUCGAGCUCCGCAACGAGCUCCGCAGGAUCAUGCAGGACGUGGGCGACAAGCUCCACUUGAAGUUCAAGCACGUCCGGGAUGCCUUCCGGCCCCUGAACUUGCAGAGGCACGGCAAGAUCACGCGCGAAGAGAUGUGGAACUUCUUCCGAGGUUUCGGUCAUCCCCAGGAGGUGGCAGAUCGCAUCUUCGACCUUCUCGACCGGGAGGGAAAAGGGGAGAUCGAGUACUCGGUCUUCAUGACCCACUUCGAGUCGGUUCUCGGGCGCGACUUCCGCAACAUCUCGGAGGAACCGCCGAUCCAUGUGGACGACCCCAUCGCAAGCAAGGAGGUCAACGAGACGGCUGACAUGCUGAAGCGCCGCUUGCUCACCCGGUCCAGGAACAUGCAGGAGGCGUUCCGGUACUUGGAUUCCGACCACGACGGUCAGGUCAGCAAAGCCGAGCUUCGCUCUUUUGGAAAGAAGGUCGGCGUUAGCAGUGAGUCCUGCGACCAGCUCUUCCAUGCGCUGGACGUGGAGGGCGUGGGCUCGGUCAACUUCCUACAGUUUACUCAGAUCUUUCCCGAGGGCAAGAACGUAGGCACACCCAGGUCAGUCUACGCAAGACCUGUUCCCCAACCGCCGGAACUUUUAUAG